GUUUGCAAUCAAUUGUUUAGAGAUUUCAUUGAAGUUGUGUACAAAUCUGUGAAAAGCAAACAAAAUUCUUGUGAAUAUUGUUGUGUAAGAUUAUUGCAGAAAAGUACCAUGCUCAUUGGUUAAGUGAGGUAUAGGGUGACAGUGAAUCUUUGAGAUUGUGAUCAAAUUGACGACCAAUUGAUCGACAAAUGUCUCGCUUUUUGUCACUUCCGAUGAGAAUAAGCCAUGUGUGGCAAAUAUAUAUCACAUGUGAAUGCAAUGAGUGGUCAUCGCGUGUCUGGGAAUCUAUUGAGUCAUAGAGUGGAUGAGUUGAGUGAUGCGGUGAUGGCCAAGAGGUGUGUCAUAUACUGCAGUCACUCAAAGGGUCGCUUCAAGACAAACCGUGCGGUUGUGCAGCGCUUCUACCGUCUUAAUUGGGGCGCUUGGAUCAGACCCCGGGCCGGGAGGGCCAAACACUUGUGGUCCAAACCAUACCACAUCAAGUGGUGGGCUAAACAGCAUGUCUUCUGCACGGAUGAGCACAACAAAGUGUUGGACCAAAUGGUCGGCGCUUAUUACAAGAGGCCGACUUAUUUCGUAGACGACCCGUACGAGCCCUAUCAGAAACGACACGACUUUCCAUACGUACCCCUCGGCAAGAACUCUGUGACAACCAGUUAUAUAAACACAUUAUAUGAAUAUAAGUCCAAACGUUAAUCCAUUCAUAUAUUUACUGUAUAUCCAAACACUUGUGCUUAUUAUAGACAUUGAUAUCAUUUGUCACUACUUCUCGC